UAUGGCGACCAGAAUUAUGUCAUAACUUAAAACAAAUUGCACAACGAAGAUCUGUUGGAAAAAGGUCCUAGCUAGAGUAUAAUUGCUUUUUGAGUGAUGGCAGCAGCUCGGGCAGCUCUUAAAUUUGUGGAAAAAGCAAUCAAAAGCCACAAUGUGGUAGUUUUCUCCAAGACAACUUGUCCAUUUUGUGUAAUGGCAAAGCAGACUCUAUCGGAAGCCGGUAUUCAGAAAAUGCAAGUUUACGAAAUUGAAACAAGAGAAGAUGGCCCAGAUAUUCAGGAGGCUUUGAAAAGUUUAACGGGAAGAAGCACAGUGCCGAAUGUGUUUAUUAAAGGAACGAGUAUUGGUGGCGGUUCAGAGACUGCGGAAUUAUACCAGUCAGGAAAACUAACAGAAAUCUUACAGGAACAUAGAAUUCUCGAGUGAAGAUGUUUAUUAACCAUUCACCCCCCCAUGAGUGAUCAAGACAGAAUUUUUCCGUUCAAUAGCAAUAACAUAUCAAGCAGAAAAGUGAUGAGAGAAGAUAAGGAUAUAAAUUGGGGAUUAUGAUUUGAUCCAAUUAAAAAUUCUCCAAACUAGCAUCACAAGAAUGGUUUGGCAGACAGUAAGGAGAAUUGAAUAAGAUCUGAGUGAAAGGGUUGAAAUUUAAUGAUUACCGGUACAUGGAGCUACUCAAAGGAAAAAGGUUUAAUGGAAUAUGAAUUGUUAUCAUUUCUGCAACUGUCAUCAACUUGUUGGUUAGCAGUAGAAUGGUGACAGUGGAUAAUAACAGACAAGAAGUGAAAAACAAGCCAGGCUACAUUUGAAAUUGGGGCCAAUAGAUUUUUUUUUUUUUUUUUCUGUUAGGGAAUGGAAUUGGAGUCUCCAUAACAUUCACUGUGCUUAGGAAUAUCAGUUGUUUCACCAAUAUGUCAUUUGACCAACUGUUCGAGACGUGGAAAGGAAUGACAAGGACACAUCGAAACUGUCGCUAGGCAUUUUAAUUUACCUAAUCAUUCUA